UAAAGCUGACACACACACACACACACACACACUUGGAGCUGAUGUGUACACAGCAGUGAGUCGGAGUGAGAGGAACAUCACUCGGAGUGUCUCCAGCUUUUUUUCUUCCCUUUCGGAGGAGCCUUGGGUGGAGCUCGGACACACACUCAGUACAAUAAUGGGAAACAGCUCAGCCAAACUGAAUCCCUUCAUACAUGUUAAUGGCUCGGCCAAAUCCAAGCUCAACACCGAGUCAAGCGGUGGUCCUCAGCGUCUCAAAAUGAAGGUGGAGGAGUUGGAGAGCCACCUGAAGAAGAAGGAUGAAGAAUUGAGUGCCCACCAGCUACAGAUCAAACAGCUGGAAGAGCAGCUGGCCCAGAAUAACCAAGUCAUUGCUGACAUCUCAGAUGCUUUGAGAACCAAGUGUCUCCAGCUCAGCAGUCUACAGGAGACUCUGAAGAAACAGCGAGAUUUGGAACUCAUGAACUCACCCACUGAAGCGAGUCAGAGACUCAGCGACCUGAUGCGAGAGACGCUCAACAAGAGAAAAGGAGCCAAAGCUGGGGUUUCUGCAGAACCGUCAUCCAGGACGUAUGACUCAAGUAGCCUGCCCAAGUUCUACUUUGAGAGUGCACGAGUGUGGAAAGAGCCAAGUGUGAAGAAGCUCCUAACAGAUGCCUUGAAUAAGAACCGAUAUCUGAAGAGGCUGGAAGGACAGCAGCUUAGAGACAUGGUCGAGUGCAUGUAUGAAAAAACAUACCAACAAGGAGAGUAUGUCAUUAAGCAAGGUGAGCCGGGGAAUCACCUGUUCGUGCUGGCAGAUGGCCACCUGGAUGUCCAUCAGAACAAUAAACUGCUCACGUCAAUCGCAGUAUGGACGACAUUUGGUGAAUUAGCCAUUUUAUACAACUGUACCCGGACUGCAUCCGUUAAAGCGGCCAGUAAUGUCAGAACCUGGGUUCUUGACCGGGAGGUCUUUCACAACAUCAUGCGAAUGACCGCUGAGGCGAGACAUGAGCAGCACCGCAACUUCCUCAGAAGUGUUUCACUUUUGGCCAAUCUUCCAGAAGACAAGCUGACUAAGAUUGUUGACUGCCUGGAGGUGGAGUAUUAUGACAAAGGCGACUAUGUCAUUCGGGAGGGAGAGGAAGGAAACACAUUCUACAUCAUUGCCAAUGGAAAGAUUAAAGUAACCCAAAGCACUAAGGAUCACAAGGAGCCCCAAGUCAUCAAUACUUUACAGAAAGGUGAUUACUUUGGAGAAAAGGCCCUCAUCAGUGAUGACGUCAGGUCAGCUAAUAUCAUUGCAGAUGAGGAUGGAGUUGAAUGCCUAGUCAUUGACAGGGAAACAUUCACUCAAACUGUUGGCACCUUUGAUGAACUUAAGAAGUAUCUUCAAGGCUAUGUUGAGACUUUAGCCCGUGAUGACAAGAAGAGAAAUGCAAAGCUAUCCUGCAAGGAUCAUGAUGGGAGGUCAGGAAGCAGUACUCCCAGCUCUCCCUUGUCCAGUGAUCAGGUGCAGCUCAAAGAGAGAGACUUUACUUCCUCUCUUUCAUUCAGAAACCUGGAGAUCAUCGCCACUCUAGGAGUAGGAGGCUUCGGUAGGGUUGAACUGGUUAAAGUGAAGAAUGAGAAUGUGACCUUCGCACUGAAGUGUAUUAAGAAGCGUCACAUUGUGGACAACAGACAGGAAGAACACAUUCACUCAGAGAGGAGAAUCCUGAGUGAGACUUGCUCCCCUUUUAUUGUCAAAAUGUACCGUACAUUUAGGGACAGCAAGUUUGUGUACAUGUUGCUGGAGGCGUGUCUGGGCGGAGAGGUCUGGAGUCUGCUGAGAGACAGGGGAAGCUUUGAUGAGAACACUGCCAAGUUCUGUGUGGGUUGUGUGACUGAAGCGUUUGAGUACCUUCACAAAAAAGGAAUAAUUUACAGGGAUCUGAAGCCUGAGAACCUCAUGUUAGACUCAGAUGGAUAUGUAAAACUGGUUGACUUUGGUUUUGCAAAGAAGAUCAAAUGUGGCCAGAAGACAUGGACGUUCUGUGGGACUCCUGAGUAUGUUGCACCGGAGAUUAUUCUGAAUAAAGGACAUGGCCUCAGUGUGGACUUUUGGUCUCUGGGAAUCCUAAUCUUUGAACUUCUGACUGGAAGCCCUCCCUUCACUGGCUCAGAUCAGAUGAUGACAUACACUUUCAUUCUGAAAGGCAUGGAGAAGAUGGACUUCCCAAAGAAGAUCACAAAAAGGCCUGGGGAUCUCAUUCGAAAGCUCUGCAAACAAAAUCCUUCUGAGCGUCUUGGGAAUAUGAAGAAUGGAAUAACAGAUAUCAAGAAGCACAGGUGGUUUACUGGCUUCAGCUGGAGUGGCCUGAAAGAGAGGACUUUGACAUCACCACUGAAACGAGAGGUGAAAGGACCAACAGACCACAGCUACUUCGACAACUAUCCACCUGAAGAUGAAAUUCCCCCUGAUGAACUUUCUGGAUGGGACAUGGACUUUUAACAACCUCUCCUUCCCCUCCUUUACAUACCUCAGUGUGAACAAGGUCAAAACUCCUACAUCAUCCUUUUCCCCCAACCACAAAGCCAGCAGAAACCCAGCGUAUGGCACACCAUUCUCUGACAAAGCACAGCCUUGAGCACAGGCCAUAUUUGUGCUGGAGUAGGUGGCAGUGUGGAGGAGGAAGAACCAGCUGGGAAUGUGGCAUUUGAAAAGAACUAGGCCAGUGUUAUUUGGAUGAUGAUGUUAGUAACCCUGUUCAGUGUUAUUGAGUAAUUUCAUCCUGUUUAUCUGCCCGUUUACGGAGAUGGAUGGAUCGUAACUGCUGGGUAAAGUACACCACAGAGUUCUCCGAAGAACUUUGCCCAAGAGGUUUUACUGUGUUUAAAUUGUGGACUUUGAACAGCAAAGAAAAUGAUGUGAAACCAGAAGAAAUAUUUACCUUUUUUUGACCUGGAGAACCAAGAAGGUGAGAUGUGGCUGCUUUUGGAAGCAGCGAUGAGCCAAGUGCCGAACUCGUGAACUCACAGACCGAAUGUGGGUGUGAACGCCAGUGAUGUGGCUUCAAAGUCGGACCGCAGAAGAUGAGCUCAGCUGCUGUUUUUUUUUUUUUGUCAUUCAAAUGGACUUGUGUGAAAUAUUUAUAACCACUGAGAAACUGUGUGUAGAGCCUGGAAGGUGCUAUUUCAGUUUCAUCUUGCACUUGAGCCAAACCGACAUUCUAAUAAGCUUUGUGCACAUCUAUAAAUGUUCUUAGAUUCAUAUAUUAGUUAAUAUUUGGACAUACUCUUAUGGGGAUGUUUGGUUUGUAUUUCCUCUGGAUAUAUAGUUCACAGAAUUACUUAAUUGACUGAUAAAAAUUCAUAAUAAAAAAAAUCAGAUCAGUGG